UAACACUUGGAACAUUAUGGGGUGCAGAAAAAAGUAUUCUGGUUUAGAAUCCUCACUUGUUGUUGUGUGUCUCAUCGCUUUUGUUGUGGCGGUCGUUUUAAUUGCACUUUUGGCCACUGGGGAACCUGGAACCUGUAGAUCAGUCAAAGCUGAAGUACCCUUUGCAGCAGACUGUCCAUCCUCUGUUCCCAAUGGUGAUCGAAUUAACUGUUUCCCUGAUGGAGGUGCUACUUUGAAAAAAUGUGAAGAACGAGGCUGCUGUUGGAAACCGAUAGAAGAUAGAAAUGUGCCCUGGUGCUUCUUCUCGAAGAAUCAGGGAUACACAGCUCAGAAUAACCAAGUCAAAACACGAGCAGGGUUUCAAGUUCACUUGAAACGAAUGCCUUCUCCUUUCCCUUUUGGGAAUGUUGUUGAAAACUUAGUGUUGACUGGGGAAGAGCAGACAGAAAAUCGUUUCCGAUUCAAGAUUACCGAUUCUAGCAAGAGACGAUUUGAAGUUGAUCAUGAAAAUAUCAAGCCUUUCACUGGUAAAGCAGUGUCGAAUCCAAACUACGAAGUCAGUGUUAAUCAGAAUCCUUUUGGAAUCAAAAUCACCAGAAAGUCCACAAAAACUGUCUUGUUUGAUACUUCGGUGGGACCUUUGCAAUUUGCUGAUCAAUUUAUACAAAUAACAGCCAAACUUCCCACGCACAACAUCUACGGACUAGGAGAGCACGUUCAUAAACAGUACCGUCACGACACGUACUGGAAAACCUGGCCUAUCUUCGCCAGAGAUGCUUUCCCUAAUGGGAACAUGGACAAUCUCUAUGGCCACCACACAUUUUUUAUGUGUCUGGAAGAGGAGAGUGGAUUAUCCUUUGGUGUGUUUUUGCUGAAUAGCAAUGCCAUGGAGGUUGAACUGCAGCCAACUCCAGCAAUAACAUAUCGAACAAUAGGUGGAGUCCUGGAUUUUUACAUCUUCUUGGGUUCUUCACCUGAACAUGUUGUUCAGGAAUACUUAACGCUGGUUGGCAAACCCAUGAUGCCAGCAUACUGGAUCCUGGGAUUCCAACUUAGUCGCUGGGGUUAUAAAGAUCUUGAUGAGGUUUUGGCAACAGUGGAGAGGAACCGCAAAAUAGACCUGCCAUAUGAUACCCAAAUCAUUGAUAUCGAUUACAUGGAGAACAAGAAGGAUUUUACUUAUGAUAAAGUGAAUUUCAAAAAUCUCCCAAGUUUUGCUGAUAACUUACAUGACAAUGGACAGAAAUUCAUCCUCAUUUUGGAUCCUGCGAUUAGCACCGAAAAACUGAUAAAUGGGCCGUACGAAACAUAUGAUAGAGGCACAAAGAUGGGUGUAUGGAUUAAUGAAUCUGAUGGAAAGACGCCCAUUGUAGGAGAGGUGUGGCCCGGGGAGACCGUCUUUCCUGACUACACAAACCCGCAGUGCAUUAAGUGGUGGCUGGAUGAAUGUGAACGGUUCUACAAAGAAGUAAAAUUCGACGGAAUCUGGAUUGAUAUGAACGAGGUGUCCAGCUUCAAGCAAGGUUCAAAGAAAGGAUGUAAUAGUAACCAAUGGAACCAUCCACCUUUCAUCCCAAGGAUCGUUGAUAAUGUAAUGUACUUCAAGACCGUUUGCAUGGAUGCUAAGCAAACUGCAGGAAUUCAUUAUGAUGUCCACAGUCUAUAUGGUCACUCAAUGACACUGGCGACUGAAGAAGUGAUUAAAAAGAUCUUCCCCAACAAACGAAGUGCUAUUCUUUCCCGAUCAACUUUCGCCGGAUCAGGAAAAUAUACUGGACACUGGCUGGGAGAUAACGGAGCAAAUUGGAAUGACAUGAAAUGGGCAAUUCCUGGAAUGCUGGAGUUUAACCUUUUUGGCUUUCCCUACAUUGGAGCUGAUAUUUGUGGCUUCUUCGGUAAUGCAGAUGAAGAUCUUUGCAGUCGCUGGAUGCAAGUUGGAGCAUUUUAUCCAUUUUCCAGGAACCACAAUGCUGAGGGAUACAAGCCUCAAGAUCCUGCUUUUUUUGGUGAAACGUCCCUUCUAGUGAACACAUCAAGACAUUACCUGAAUAUCCGAUAUACAUUGCUGCCUUACCUCUACACUCUCUUCCACGAGGCUCACGUCAAUGGAAGCACAGUGGUUCGUUCAUUGCUUCAUGAGUUUCCUUCAGACAAUCAAACAUGGACUGUGGACCGACAGUUUCUCUGGGGACCUGCUCUUCUCAUCAGCCCAGUGCUGGAUCCUAAGACAACAAAAAUACAAGCUUACUUUCCUGAUGCAGUUUGGUAUGAAUAUGAGACGGGUGGCUCCAUAUUUUCUCAAAAGCAAUGGGUAACUCUGCAACUACCAGAAGAUAAAUUAGGACUUCAUGUCAGAGGUGGCUUUGUCUUCCCAACUCAGCAACCAGCUAACUCUACAUUUUAUAGUCGGAAAAACCCCAUGGGUCUUCUUAUUGCGCUUGAUGAGCAAGGAAGGGCUGAAGGGCGAUUGUUCUGGGAUGACGGGGAAUCCAGAGAUACAUUCGAAAAGGAACAAUAUAUCUCCUAUCGGUUUUCAGUAGCGCAGGAUGUUUUAAAACUCGAAGUGUUAAAAAAUGGAUAUAAAGAUCCAAACAAUCUUCAAUUUGAAGAAAUUACAAUCCUCGGUCUCCAAUACCUUCCAAGAAAUGUCACUGUGAAAAAGGGAGCUGAUGAGAUCGUUAUACCUGAAAGCGAUAUUGACUAUGACAAGUCAACUAAGGUUACUCUUAUAAAAGGGCUUCAACUUGUACUAGGAGAGGCAUAUACAGUAGAAUGGAAAUCCACACCGCGGGAUGUUGAGAAGAUUAAUUGUAACCCUGAAGGAUAUAUAACUGAAGAAGCCUGCAAAAAUCGUGGUUGUCAAUGGGAUGAGUUGCCUCACAAAUCUGAAGUGCCUUCCUGCUUCUACCCAUAUGACUAUGGUUAUCAAAUUGAUUCAAGCUACGGGAUCGUUAAAUCACAAGCCAGAAUGAGCACACAAGUUAAACGGAACACAAAGUAUCCUGAACGCUUCAAGGGCCAGACCCCGACUAUCGAAGUUCUAAAGAUUGAGGUCACGUCCCUGAAUCAGCACAUGCUGAAUUUUAAGAUUUUUGAUCCAAAAGAAAAGAGAUAUGAAGUUCCAAUCCCGCUUAACAUCCCAAAUGUUCCAGCAAACGAAACCUUUGAACAACUUUAUGAUGUACAAUUAACCUAUAAUCCAUUUGGGAUUAUGGUUAAAAGAAAGAGCAGCAAUGCAGUAAUCUGGAAUUCUCAAGUUGGAGGCUUCACGUUUACUGAUCAGUUCAUCCAGAUUUCAACCAGCCUUCCUUCAGAAAAUAUUUAUGGACUUGGAGAAACUGAACAUUCUAGCUUCAAGCUUGAUCUUAACUGGAAUACUUGGGGAAUGUUUGCCAAGGACCAACCUCCUGGACAUCAAUUGAACAGCUAUGGGAGCCAUCCUUUUUAUAUGUGUCUCGAGAACGAUGCCAAUGCCCACGGUGUGUUCCUGUUCAACAGCAAUGCAAUGGAUGUAACACUGCAAGAGGCUCCUACUCUGACAUAUCGUAUCCUUGGAGGAAUCCUGGACUUCUAUGUCUUUCUCGGUCCAACCCCAGAAAUGGUUGUUCAACAGUACACCGAGCUUAUUGGUCGCCCGGUUCUGCCACCAUACUGGUCCCUAGGAUUCCAGUUAUGUCAAUACGGAUACAAGAAUAUUGAAGAAGUAGCUACCUUAUACAAAAACAUGAAGAAGGCACGAAUACCAUACGAUGUGCAAUAUUUUGACAUUGAUUACAUGGAGCGCCAGCUGGACUUUACAAUUGAUAAGGAUGAUUUUGCAACUAUGCCACAACUGGUUAACGAAAUGAAAGCUGAAAGAAUGCGAAUCGUUAUUAUUUUGGACCCAGCAAUUUCCGGAAAUGAAACAGUGCCAUACAAAGCCUUCACCAGCGGAUUAGACAACGAUGUAUACAUUAAAUGGAAAAAUAGUUCUGAUAUUGUGUGGGGAAAGGUAUGGCCAGAUUUUCCAAACGUGACUGUUGACAGCUCAAAAGAUUGGGAUUAUCAAGUGAAGCAUUAUCGCUCAUUCGCUGCGUUCCCAGAUUUCUUCCGCAAUGAAACAAAGGAGUGGUGGUUUGCAGCAAUAAAAGAAUUUUAUGACAAUCCAGACAACCCAAGUGCAAGUGUCAAGUUCGAUGGACUGUGGAUUGACAUGAAUGAACCUGCAAGUUUUGUUCAUGGGUCUGUGAAUGACUGUAAAGAUGACAAACUGAAACCCCCUUACAUGCCAGAUCUUGAAUCAAGGAGCAUGGGGCUCAAUCACAAGACCCUGUGUAUGGAAAGUGAACAGAUCCUACCUGACGGGACAUCAGUCAGGCACUACGAUGUACAUAAUCUUUAUGGAUGGUCGCAAACACAGACAACACUGGAUUCGUUGCAGAAAGUAACUGGAGAACGAGGCCUUGUGGUGACUCGUUCAACAUUCCCAACCAGUGGCCAGUGGUCUGGACAUUGGCUUGGAGACAACACAGCCAGCUGGGACCAAAUGCACAAAUCAAUCAUUGGAAUGAUGGAGUUCAGUCUGUUUGGAAUAUCCUAUACUGGAGCAGAUAUCUGCGGCUUUUUUCAAAACACCACCUAUGAACUGUGUCUUCGAUGGUCGCUCCUUGGAGCAUUUUAUCCCUAUUCGAGGAACCACAAUUCAAUAGGAACAAGGCCCCAAGAUCCUACAUCCUGGGAUGAAACAUUUGAAAACCAUACAAGAAAUGUUCUAGAAACACGUUACAUGUUGUUGCCGUACCUCUACACACUGCUGUAUGAUGCUCACGUCAGCGGCAGCACUGUGAUAAGACCAUUGCUGCACGAGUUUUAUGCAGACAAAUCGACGUGGGAUAUCGAUGAGCAGUUCCUUUGGGGUGCAGCAAUAAUGAUUACUCCUGUACUUAAAAUGGGGGCAACUAAUGUAACUGGUUACAUUCCCAACACUCGCUGGUAUGAUUUUAAGACGAAAAAAGAGAUCAAUGUGAGAGGAAAGUGGCUGGAAAUGCCCACACCACUUGAGCACAUUAAUCUUCAUGUUAGAGGUGGCUAUGUUAUUCCCUGGCAAUCACCAGCAAACAACACAUAUUAUAGCCGAAAAGAGUAUAUGGGACUAUUUGUUGCCUUGGAUGACAAUAGUCAGGCCGAAGGUCAUAUUUUCUGGGAUGAUGGACAGACAAUUGAUUCAGUUGCAAAAGAAGAAUACUUCCUAGGUACCUUUAGCGUUAAACAGAACGUUUUGACAACCGCCAUAAAGCAAAACCAUAUCAAGAGCACAGCAAGCGAGCUGAAACUGGCAGUUGUCGAAGUCUGGGGAAUAGAGAACACCCCUAUUGCAAGCGUGACUGCCCAUUAUAAUGGCACAGACCAUCAAAUCAACGAUUUUAGUGUCACGGAACAGACACUCAUCAUCCAAAUGGUCAAAAACGAUUUCUAUAUUGACCAACCAUUGCGAAUCACUUGGAAAACAACAUGAGUUUCUAACAAACGCGCCGAAAGACACAUGCAGACGUGUUGAUGAUUGUUUUUGUAAGAAUUUUUAACUUUUUAAUAUACACAAUGCAAAGAUUCCGAGAUGAAAUGAUCAUUUGUAACAAUGUGUUGGAAUAUCAUUUGUUUCUACAAUUCUGCUUAAUGUCCUUUGAACUUGUGAAUUAAAAAGGCUUUCGAUAGUUCAAAAA